AUGUCAAAACCCAAGAAUGUUGAUGGUCAGCGUUCAAAUUCUGGAAAUUAUCCAGAUGAUUGUUUUCUUCGUUUGGUCACUAUGAUCAUAGGGACCUCAGCAAAAACUAACGUCGAAGCAGGUAGUUAUACAGUUUAUUUUAAUAAAGCUAUUGUUAUUUUCGAUUUAUUUAUUUAUUUUUAAAUCCAAGAAAUUGGUAAAUAAGUUACAUUAAUUAAAUAUUUUCUUAAUUUAUUAUAUUCUAAAUAAAACAAAAACCGGUGUUUUUGCCUACGACUGAAUAUCAUUUAAAAUCAGAUAAAAUGUAUUAUUCAGUUUAUUAAUUAGGUACUCGUGGAAAACAAAUAUUAAUUUUACUAUGAUAGAUAAAAUAAGGAUUUUUGCUGCCUGUAUUUUUUAUUCUUUAAAAAUAAUUCUAUUAGUCUCAGGUGGUGCGGUUGAAGGAUUACCAGCAUUGCCAGCAGGCGUAAGGCAACGAAGUACGGCCGAUUUGUAUUUUGUUCCCGAAUUAAUGAAUUUGGUUGGACUUUCUUAUGCUAUGAGGUAAUUAAGAUUUUAUUUUAAAGACGUGUUUAUCCUUGUAUCUUAAUUAAAAGCUGAACGUUAUAUUAUUAUAAUAUUAGAAUAGCUUGGUUGUUAUACAAAUUAAACCAAGUAUAAUGUAUAAUUUUUUAAAAUGUUUUUAUAAUAAUUGUUAUUUCCCUUGUAAGUCAGUUUAUAGACGAAACAUUCGCUUUAUAAUGUUAAUUUGAAAAUAAUAAAAAUUGCUUAUAAUAGAGUUCAAAUUAUAUUACCUAUGUGAUUGAUUUAAUUUUAAAACAAAUUUGAACUUUAAACAUUAAUAAUUUCAUCAAAUAUUCAUUUUUAAAUAGUAUUUCACAUGAAAUAUAAAGUUCAUUAAUUAUUUUUUACAUUUCAUAAACAACUUCAAUUUAUAAUUAAACUGUUAUUUUAAAUCAUCUUGAUAAUAGGUAAUUUAGUAUUCAAAUCUAGUGUCUAACAAUUUAAAAAAGUCAAGUUCAAAAUUUACAGAUCACAGAUCAAGCUAAAAGUGUUGAAAGAACUUCUUUUACAAUCUGAGGUAUAAUAAAAUAUUUUUUAUUUUAAUAAAUUAUUAAUAAAAUAUGUUGUACUAUUAUUAGUGUCUUGAAAAAAUGAUACAUAUGCAAAUACAAUUACUUGGUACAACAAAUUCAGGUCAUGUUGUACUUCCUUAUAUUUUCGGGUACAUAUUACCACCAGUAACUUUACGUUUUCGACGUGGUGAGUGUGACGGAGGAUCGCAGGCGAACUGGAAUGGCAAAAUUGAACGUUAUCAUAUGUUUUCUUGUGUUUCGAUAAAAUGUUGGGUUGUGUUAACUACGAACAAACACUUAGAAAUAACAAAGGUAUUCGUUGUGGAUUUUAUGGAAACAGCGCAUGCAAUCGGAUUGCAUCUACCUGCAGUGCCGAAUAUGUUAGUGCUUACUUAAUUCUGAAAACUAAUUUUAUUAUUUAAUAUAGUACCUACAAACAAAAUUACUCACUAUUCGAAUUUUUAUUUUCAUUUAGAAUACCGAUCGAUGGUAAAAAUGCAUAUUCAUAUCUACACGCUUUGGAUAAAAUAGUUAAUGAAAUCGAUCCACCAAUUAUAAUAGUUAUAAUGGAAAAGUUCGAUUUCGAUGUUUACGCAUCAAUAAAAAGGAAAUUAUGCAUUGAUCUGGGAGGUAAUAAUUAUUAACAAACAUGAUUAUUAGUUAUAAAUCCAUACAAAUAAAGCAUUAUAUUUUUUUUUUUUCGUAUAUUUUUAACGUACACUUUUAUGGUUUAUCGAAAUUUACUGUAAAUUGAUUCAUUUCAUAGGGUUACUCUGAUUACACUUUAUAAGUGUUUAAGAACAGUACAAAUAAGAAUAAAAUUAUAAUAUAUUGCUCUAUACAUAGGCUUCAAUAUCUGUUGCGAGUUCAUUAAAUAUCAGAGCUGUUAAAACACAUUGUGUUUCUCAUACAAAUUGUGUUAAAUGGUUAUAGAUUUUUAGUGGAGCAAGGAAUGCAUUGGCUUUACUAUGACUUUUUUUUUUUAAUAUUCUAAGCGUAGUGAAGACUGUAUUGAUUUAAUUAUAGUGUAUGAUUUUAAUGAAUAAAAUCUGACUGGGAUGGUACUAUAAGAGGUCAUUUUUUGAUUUCCUGGGAAAUUUUCCCAAUAAAUGGGGGAAAAUAUAGGAAAAACGGCGAAGUAGGUAAAAUAACAAAUAUAUAAUGGCUAUUUAAUUAUUUUACCUUAAUAUGACUUAUAUAUAUUGUUGACAAAGCAUCACUAUCAAUUAAACUCCUCUCAGAAUCGUUUUUCAUUAGCAAUGGUUAAUCGUUGCGUAUAUAUAUACAUUAUUUUUCCCUUUUACCUUUUCAACUUUUCACCUAUAAUAAUGACUGUACCUAUUCUAGGAUAGCUUUUUUUAAAUUACUUGCAUGUUUUAACCAUAUUUUAUAUCUAGUGUUUUAUAUAGCUAUCAAACGUUCAAUUGAUUUUUGUACUAUUUUCAGUUGUUUCUAAAAUGGUUUCAUUAAAAACUUUAAAAACUGAAAAAGCUUCUCCACUUGUCAAACUCGCUGUUCAAUUAAAUACUAAACUCGGAGGAAUGCCUUGGAUGGUGCAAAUUCCUACAAAGGUAUUGUUGAUCGUAACCAAUCCAAUAUAAAAUAUAUUUUGAUAUCUAAUACUUUUUAUGUACAGAUUAAAUAGUUAAAUGAAAUAUUUUUCAGGGAAUAAUUAUUGUUUGUAUAAGUACAUACCGUGAAACUAGUGAUAACAAUACAGCAUAUGGGACUUUAAUAGCUUCACUUGAUGACACAUACACAAGAUACUAUAACUUUAUUGAAUCGUAUGACAAUGUGAAUAACAUGACAAAUUGUUUUGCAGACAAUUUAAUCAGUAAGUAUCAUAUAUUUAAUCAGUUUGUUCUCUAAAGAUAAGGGUUCUAUUCGAUGUAGCAAGCAAAAGUAAAUUGAAUUAAUUCUUUAUUAAGAAUACUUACAUUUCUAGAUUAAUUGUAUUCAUAAAAUAAUAUAUUCGGAUUUUUUAUUAAGCAGUUUACAUAGUGGAUUUAUUUCAAAAAUGAAUUAGGUUUCCAUGUCCUAUAAUCUAUGUAAGUUUAUUCAUUUCAUUUAGGUUACUGUUAUUCAUAUAUCAUUAUCAUUGUUCAUGAAUUUUAAUCAAAAUUUGAUUAAUCUAUUUCUAAUAACUGAAUUGAUGUUAUAUAUUUGUAAUACAAUAAUGCACUAAUAAGUUUUUUUUAUAACUCACCCAUACCAGUAAAUCUUUAAUUCCGAUUAUUAUUAACUGCAGUAGGUACAUUAAACCACAGCAUAGGAGUGCGUAGGCCACUUUUUCAGGGUAUGCAGAAGGCUGACACUAACGCCUCUGAAUGUUAUAUUAAGCUCAUAAAACUCUGAUAAAAAAUAUAUACACAAAUAUUAAAGUGCCUUACAAACUGUUUAAUUGAAAAUAUAAUUUUUACUUAAAAUUCAAAUUGAAUUACAACAUAAAACGUACAUAUUUUCCAAAUAUUUGAUUUAACUCAUAAUAUUGUUUUUGAGGACAUCGGGGACGUAGCUCCUUAUUCUCCCUCUUAAUCCGGGCCUAGAGUUCAGGGUAUGCAGAAGCAAACUCUGCAUAUCCCCUGCGCACGGCUAUGAACCACAGAGUAUAUAUCAAAUUCACCGUUUAGAAAUCGUAUACAUGGACUUGGUGAACAGACCUGUAUAAAUUAUAAUCUUGUUUUAGUAGAAUAAAAAGCGAAAAGUAAAAGUAAAAUACAGUGGUAGGUAGAAUAGUAAUGUGGUGGUGGGAAUGAGAAGUAAACAUAUAAUAUAUACCUAUAUAUAUUAUGAGAUGAUAUUGUUUGUGCGUAAGACGUAUAACACGAAUACGCAGCGGUUUAUCUGUCAAUGAAUAUGUGUGUAAAUCGUUCUAUGUGUAUGUGUGUGUUUUUACGAUCAUCGUUGUGAUACAUAGGUACAUAUAAUAAUAUAAAGGAGUAUUAUAUUUAAUAUUAUAGGCAGCUACAUACCGCACGAGAUUAUUUUUUCUAAUUCUUUUAUUUGCGUCUACCUAAUUUUUUUCUACUUAAUAUUCUAAUACGAGAAUAUGGAAAUAAUCACUUACCUCGAUAUACUGCUUAAAGUUCGCAAGAAGUUUGUUGAUCAAAAUAUAAGGAGCAAGUAUAAGUAUGCAUAGGUUUCGAUAAAUCGUUACAAUAAACUCAAGUAGAUUUUUCUAAUUGGUUUACCAAUAAAUAUUUAUAUGGCUAUACUCAGAUGUCGGGUCACUAAUAAGUGACGACUUGUGGGGGUGACGACCAUCGACCUCGGUAUGUUAGAGCUAUGCUCAAAUCACUCAGGCGUAAUAUAUUGUGUGAGUGUUUGUAAUGGGUUAUUAUAACAUAGCUCAUAGGUAUAAGGUACAAUAUAACAUAGGUAUAAGGAAAAAGUCAUGCACUCCAAGUCCUACAAAAAUUACGUUUCAAAAUAUAAAUAAAAGUACAAAUUAAUUCCCUAAUAUGAUAUUUAAAUAAACGAAUACAUAAUAUAUUAAAUAUAAAAUUAUAACCUUUCUUUCGGACAUUUCUGAAAAAAUACUGUAACAUCAAUUUUUGAUAAUAUUUUAUAAAUUUAUUUAAAUAUCUACUUAUAUGUAGUUUAUUUUGUUUUUAAAUUUGGAUCGUAGUGAGAAGUGUAUUGGUUUUACAAUGAUGGUAAUUUUUUUAAUUUUUUUAAAUUUAUAAACAACUUUUUUAUCAGAAAUCUGAAGUAUCAAAUGUAGCUUAUAUUUUGAAUGGUAAUUUUAUCUAGUUGGUGCGUUGAGGAGGUCACUUUUUGAUUUUCAAAUCGGGUUUCAUAAUAAUUGGGAAAAACCGGAAAACGGGAAAAUGUACGUACAUCUAUGAAAGAAACUUCACUCCAAAUUAUUUUUUGUUAACAAUAGUUUAUCGUUGUGUACAGAAAUAAAUUGAAUUCCGUUUUAUAUACUACCUUCCUAACUUCUAACUAACAACAGUGGCCCACCUAAUAAGUAAAAAAUAUGUCAAUUUUUUUUUUCAGUUGCUGCAUUAAGAUAUAAAAAACAAAACGGAACACUUCCUGCUAGCUUUCUUAUAUACCGAGCUGGUCUGAAGGACGGACAAAUACCUAAUACGUAUAUUUUGGAAUUAAAAACGAUAAAGGUUUUUAAUAGCCAAUACCUAUAUACACCGUACUGAUUACUAUUUUGAAGGAAUUUUAAUAAUUGUUUUGUACCUAUAGGCUAGGUUGACAGACUUUUACGAUGGGAAAGAACCCCCGAUGGCAUUUGUUUUGGUCCAAAGACGUCCCAAUUCAAAAUUGUUCACUUAUUGUUCUGAAAAUGAAGUAAUAGAUAAUGUAUUGCCCGGAACUGUCGUUGAUUUUAAUAACGAUAUAGAUACCACAACGUAAGUAUCAAAUAUUUUUUUAGAAUUAGUUUGAAUUGCGUUGUUAAAAUAUGAUUUCUGAUUAACUAAUAUAGAAUAGCGUGUUGAAAUAUCAUACUAUAUGUCUAUCAAUAUGUUUAUUUUCUGUGGUAAUAUUAUAUAUUUUGUAAUAAAAUGUCACAUUAUCGGUUCGCACUAUUUCUGAAAAAAAAUUUGAUAUGAUUAAUAUUUAAUUAAUCAUAAUUAUGUGCCUUAAGAAUGUAAAUGUGCAUUCAUUUUAAAAUAUUUUAAAAUCAAAUGUUCACUUACAAUAGGUAAGGAAAAAAACAUGAGUGUGUUAUAUUUUGUUUUUUAAUAUCUGAUUUGUGUUGUCAAUACAUUACAGUUACUAUAUAAUCAAUAUUUAAUAAUAAAAUAUCAGAAAAUUGUAUGAAUUGAAAAUGUUUAAUUUAACAAUAUCAAUAAUCUGUAAUUUUAGAUAUGAUUUUCUGAUGGUAUCCCGAAAUGCGACACUCGGUAUCGAAAUGCCUACUUAUUACGUUGUCAUCCAAGAUACUUUGAAAAAUUGGUCACGCGAUAAAAUGAUAAGUCUCACGUAUAAAUUGACGCACAUGUACUUCAACAGGCUUGUAAGAAAUUUAUUUGAUAUUUAAUAACAAAACACUUUAUAAACUUUGUAAAAUAUAAAUAUUUGUCCUCAGUGCUCUUGUUCAACUCCUGCUCCAUGUGAACUGGCGAACAAAUUAGGUUGGUUCACUAGUGAAACACUUAAGGGUAUUCGACAUCCAAAAUUAGAUGAGUCAUUAUUUUAUUUGUAA